AUGUGGCGGUGCGGGCGCGCGGGCUGGGAGGGCUCGUGGCCCGUGGCCGCCCGCCGCUGGGGCUGCGCCACUGCUGCCUUCCUCCUCCUCCUCCUCACCGUGCAAGCCGCCCAGAAAGCCGACCUUAGCAGUGACGCCACGGCGGCCACCAUCAACCACUCGCUGACGCUGCUGCAGCGGCUGCAGGAGUUGCUGCAGAACGGCAACGGCAGCGACUCGGUGCUGCGGGUGCGUACGGCCGCCUCCGAUGAGGCCAGGGUCUUCCACACCCACCAGCUGCUGCUCAGCCUCCAGAGCGAGGUCUUUGAGAGCCUCCUGCGCAACCAGAGCGUUGUCACCCUGCACGAGCCGCCCGAGACUGCUGCGCUCUUCGAGAAGUUUAUCAGGUACCUGUACUGCGGGGGGGUCUCCAUCCUGCUGCACCAAGCUAUCCCCAUGCACCAGCUGGCCAGCAAGUACCGGGUGUGGGGGCUGCAGCGUGGCGUGGCUGACUACAUGAGGACCCACCUGGCCAGCGAGUCGAGCCAGGGCCACGUGGUGGGCUGGUACCACUAUGCCGUGCGCAUCGGGGACGCGGCGCUGCAGGAGAGCUGCCUCCAGUUCCUGGCCUGGAACCUCUCGGCCGUGCUGGGCAGCGCCGAGUGGGGCUCGGUGAGCGUGGAGCUGCUGCUGCUGCUGCUGGAGCGCUCUGACCUGGUGCUGCACAGCGAGCUGGAGCUCUACACUGCCGUGGAGGGCUGGCUGGGCCGCCGGCAGCCCGAGGAUCCCGUGGCCGAACGGGUGCUCCGUGCCAUCCGCUACCCCAUGAUCGCACCCAGCCAGCUCUUCCGGCUGCAGGCGCAGUCGGCGGUGCUGGCGCGGCACUACGGUGCGGUGCAGGACCUGCUCUUCCAGGCUUUCCAGUUCCAUGCUGCCUCCCCCCUCCAUUUUGCCAAGUAUUUUGACGUCAACUGCAGCAUGUUCCUGCCCCGCAACUACCUCGCGCCCAGCUGGGGCUCCCAGUGGGUCAUCAACAACCCGGCGCGGGACGACCGCAGCACCAGCUUCCAGACGCAGCUGGGUCCCAGCAGCCAUGACGCCAGUAAGCGGGUGACCUGGAACGUCCUCUUCUCGCCACGCUGGCUGCCCGUCAGCCUGCGCCCUGUCUACUCGGACUCGGUCUCGGGCGCCGUCCAGCCAGUGCGCAUCGAGGAUGGUCGCCCCCGGCUCGUCAUCACCCCAGCCAUGAGCAGCCCCGACUUUGCUGGCGUCAGCUUCCAGAAGACAGUGCUGGUGGGUGUGCGGCAGCAGGGUCGCGUCUUGGUGAAGCACGCCUACAGCUUUCACCAGAGCUCAGACGAGGCGGCCGACUUCCUCGCCCACGCCGACCUGCAGAAGCGCACCUCCGAGUACCUCAUCGACAACUCCCUGCACCUCCACAUCAUCAUCAAGCCCGUCUACCACUCCCUCAUCAAGGUGAAGAAGUAA